AGCCGCCACCUGAGAACGGCCGCCUAGCCCUCCCCAUAGUCAAGGAGCUCUAAAAAGGCGGGAAAAAAUAACCCACUUAAUCCUAAAGCGCCCUUUAAAUGCCCCACGGUGUGCUUAGAGCUUGGGGCUGAAGCUGGAAGGUUCAUACCCAGCAGCUUCCCGGGGUUUUGCUGGUGUGCCGCUGCACGUGUGUGCAAGGUGGGAGACCCAAGCAUCUAGAGCCACUGCGCGUUGGGAUGGAUCCCCGGGGUGUUGUGCUCAACCAGCACCCGGGCUCGGCGCCUUGAUCUGCACACAGGAUAUUAACAUUUUUAAUAUAAUUGACUUGGACUACUUGGACGACUGGGAUUGAAAGGAACUGCAGAUUUUGCUUUGUUUUGUUUUGUUUUUAAAGAAACACUAAAUGUAUGAGACGUUGGCAGAAUGGAUAAUGAAAAGGAGAACCUCUUUUUUGAGCCACAUAAAAGGGGACUGAUGAAAACUCCCUUGAAAGAGUCUACGAAGGCCAAUGUGCUGGCAGAGACCCAACCUGACUUCGGCCCUUUGACCACACCUACCAAGCCCAAGGAAGUCUCCCAGGGAGAGCCAUGGACACCCACAGCCAAUCUGAAAAUGCUUAUCAGCGCAGUGAGCCCAGAGAUCCGCAGCCGAGAUCAGAAAAGGGGGCUGUCUGACAACAGAAGUGGAUUACCUGAGGCCAGAGACUGUUUGCACGAACACUUAUCUGGAGAUGAAUUUGAGAAAUCCCAGCCAAGUCGGAAAGAGAAAAGCCUGGGAUUGUUGUGUCACAAGUUCUUAGCACGAUAUCCUAAAUAUCCCAACCCUGCUGUAAAUAAUGACAUCUGUCUCGACGAAGUGGCCGAAGAGCUCAAUGUUGAACGCCGGCGGAUUUACGACAUCGUGAAUGUUCUGGAGAGCUUGCACAUGGUGAGCCGCCUCGCCAAAAACAGGUACACAUGGCAUGGGCGACACAACCUCACCAAAACCCUGGGGACUCUGAAGAGUGUCGGAGAGGAGAACAAGUAUGCUGAGCAGGUCAUGAUGAUCAAAAAGAAGGAAUAUGAACAGGAGUUUGACUUCAUCAAGAGCUACGGUAUAGAGGACCACGUGAUCAAAUCAAACCCUGGCCAGAAUGGACACACAGACGUGUGUUUUGUUGAACUUCCUGGAGUGGAAUUUCGGGCAGCUUCUGUAAAUAGCCGCAAAGAUAAGUCCUUAAGAGUGAUGAGCCAGAAGUUUGUAAUGCUGUUUUUGGUGUCAACACCCCAGAUUGUAAGUCUCGAAAUUGCUGCCAAGAUUUUAAUUGGGGAGGAUCAUGUAGAAGAUUUGGAUAAAAGCAAGUUUAAAACAAAAAUUAGGAGGUUGUAUGAUAUUGCUAAUGUUCUGAGUAGCCUGGAUCUUAUCAAGAAAGUUCAUGUCACCGAGGAACGGGGUCGAAAACCAGCUUUUAAAUGGACGGGCCCGGAAAUCAGCCCAAAUAACAAUGGCUCCAGCCCCGUCAUUCCCUUCGCCACCUCUGACCUGGAGGUAAAGCCACCUGCAAAAGAAAACUGUGCCAAAAACCUCUUUUCCACUCAUGGGAGACCCAGCUUUACUCGACACCCUUCCCUUAUCAAACUGGUAAGGAGCAUAGAAAGUGAUCGUAGAAAGAUCAACUCUGCGCCCAGCAGCCCUGUCAAGAGCAACCAAGCUGAGAACUCUCAGAAUUCUCCAUCCUUCCCAAAUAAAAUGGCUCAGCUCGCAGCUAUUUGCAAAAUGCAGUUGGAGGAGCAAUCAAGUGAACCUCAAAAGAAAGUGAAAGUCAGGCUAGCAAGAUCUGGACCCUACAAGCCGCUUGCUCCUCUGGACAGCACAGUGAACACUGAGCCAGAGCUCACAGCUCCUUCCCUCAUCCAGCCUCUGGGGGUGGUCCCUCUGAUCCCCAGCCCACUGUCAUCGGCUGUGCCCAUGAUCCUACCUCAGGCCCCUUCAGGCCCAUCCUAUGCCAUCUACUUGCAGCCUGCCCAAGCACAGGUGCUGACGCCAUCCCAGGGUCUGAGUCCAACAUUUGGCCCUACCCACUCCUCUAAUGCUGCUGGAUCCAAAGACUCUACAGAUGUCACCUUUGAUAAGGCUAUCAGAGAUGCCACAAAACCCAGCGCCUCCUGCAGACCCGGGAGCUCACACUUAGCAUCAGAGAGACAAGGUGCAAAGCACCGAAACAAGGAGACAACUGGAGAAAGAGCAUCGAAGAGGGUGGGCACACUCGAGGACAGCACUUCCAGAAAGAAGCUUAAAGAGGACCUGAAAGGGCUUGAAAACGUCUCCACAACCUUGUUCCCAUCAGGAUACCUAAUUCCUCUCGCCCAGUGCUCCUCCCUCGGGGCAGAAUCCAUGUUGUCUAGCAAAGAAAGCUCAGGUACACUUUCCCCAAAUCACAGGAUCUACGGCUCCCCAAUUGCAGGUGUUAUCCCAGUGACAUCAUCUGAGCUCACUGCUGUUAAUUUUCCCUCUUUUCAUGUGACACCCUUGAAGUUAAUGGUCUCCCCAACUUCUGUGGCAGCUGUACCCGUUGGGAACAGCCCAGCUCUCACUUCGAGCCACCCCGUUCCUGUCCAGAACCCAAGCUCAGCCAUCGUAAACUUCACCCUGCAGCACUUGGGCCUCAUCUCCCCCACUGUGCAGGUGUCUGCCAGCCCUGGACCUGGAACUGCAACUGUUCCUGUGUCCCCACCGAUAGAACCAGCUAGUGUCGUACCAGAAAAUACCACUUCCCAGCACGGGAAGCCUACCCACCAUGGCUCCCCAGUCCCAGGCCAGAGUCAACAGAACGGACAAUCAGUUGCUGGGACAGGAGCACAGCAGCCUGUUCCUGUGACACCUAAAGGGUCCCAGUUGGUGGCCGAAAGUUUCUUCCGUACCCCAGGUGGACCAACCAAGCCAGCCAGCUCAUCCUAUGCAGAUUUUGAUGGUGCUAAUCAAACCUCCUUUGGGACACUCUUUGUCCCACAGCGAAAACUGGAAGUCUCAACAGAGGAUGUCCACUGAUUGACAGAUGCUAGUUUAAUUUAAUUUCCUAAAGAGCUAUUUAAUGAGAGGAUACACACAGAUUAAUUUAAAGAAUCACAUCUUUGAAAAUACUGUAAUUACUUUGGGGUUUAUUCAGCAUCAAAGCAGAUACUAUGUACACACAAACACACAAACCGUUUACAAAAUGAGACCACGUUCAACCUUCAGUCUUAUAAAAUUAAAAGUAAAAUGUUGAACUAAGGUACAUUAACUUAUGGGGAGAAAAGAUUCAUCAUUUCAGCUGUGCCUAUAAUGUUAUGCAAAAUAACUAUAAAAGUUUUCUUCCCUUUUAGUAAAUGUUUGACUGGUGUGACACAGCGCUCUAAAACAUUUUGCACAAAAAAAAUGCUGUGUGAAGUAUAAUGUAUUUUUUACAUAGGAAAGUGAUAGCUAUGGUUUUUUUUUGUAAUUUCUUUAAUCCUUUGUUGUUGCAUUAUGUCUUUUUGUAGUGUUUGCAGCCAUCUUCAAUCAAGUCUGUGGAAAAAUUAUUUAUAAAA